UUUGCAUGUUGAUAAUUUCGUUGUGAGGUUUCGAGACGUGAAGCAAAUCUUGGCUUAUUUGAGCCCGUUUUCUCCUUCAUCUUGCCAUAGAUUAGUAGAAGGCUAAAUUCUUAAUUUAUUUCGAGGCGAAAACAUCUUACCGUCCAUAUGCGACAGCCGGGAAUGAGUAUUUCUACGGCCGAUAAGGAAUUGGAAUUCGCCGAUCCGAAGGAAGAGGCGACUUACUGGAAACAAGUGGCAGAGGAUUUGGAGCGAAAGUUGCAAGAAGCAAGGGAUGAACUCGACGAGUUUCAAGAAGGUAGUCGUGAAUUAGAAGCAGAAUUGGAAACGCAGUUAGAGCAAGCAGAAGCUAGACAGCGGGAACUUCUGUCAGCUAAGACACGACUAGAAACGGAGAAUGAAAGCUUAAAGGCGAGACUAGAUGCAAGCCAGAAUGAAUCCUACCUCACGAUAUCAGCGCUUCAAGAUGAAGUAGCGCAGCUGAAAGCUGUUCGAGAAGAAGUUCAAAAAUACGUUCGGGAACUCGAGCAGGCGAAUGACGAUCUGGAAAGAGCGAAAAGGGCGACAGUGUGCUCACUGGAAGACUUUGAACAGAAGCUAAACCAGGCCAUAGAAAGAAAUGCUAUUCUUGAAAAUGAGUUAGAUGAAAAAGAGACACUCCAAGAAUCAGUACAAAGACUGAAAGAUGAAGCAAGAGAUCUUCGACAAGAACUUGCAGUGAAAGAAAAAGAGAGAAAAAAACCUGGAGAAGGAUUAGAAUUUAGCAAAGACAAAGAUAGCAACAAAGAAAAUAAAGAGCCAUUUAAAAUAGAGGGAUCUCCACUGAAAGCAGAAACUACAAGCCAGACAGCAGAUUUCCCUGCUACAACUGCUUCAAUAGGAACAUCACCACUUCAUACAGGGUAUGGCACUUCACCGCUGACUCCAUCUGCACGAAUAUCUGCACUGAACAUUGUGGGUGAUCUGUUGAGAAAAGUUGGGGCCCUUGAAUCUAAACUGGCCUCAUGUCGAAACUUUGUGAAAGAUCAACCUCGAAAUCCAAGAGGAUCAACUGGGUCUAACAGCCCCUCAGAGUCACCAAGGCCAAGCAGAAUUCCCAAGAGCAGUUACCAAACACCAGGGAUGCAGGGACUGGUUAAGGUUCAGGUGUAAUAGAAGAAAUAUGUGAGAGAGUACUAAAUCUGACUGUGCUGUGAAGAAGAGCUGCUUUUCACAACAUUCUGAGCAAUUCUGGUCAGUGUUGAUGCAAGUGUUGCCAAAAAAAAACAAUGAAAUCAAAGCAAGAAGUUUUGAAAAACAGCUCAAUUAACCAGACGGAGUUUGGUUUUUUGUACUCCCUUUGAAUUCCAAUUCCUGAGGUGAAUUUCAAGGUGGAGGUCAAAAAUCAAUUUUAAUAUUAAGUUGCAUGAAAAUUCAAUCCAGUUUUAAAUUCAGAGUAGAAUUUGUGUGUUCAAUUUGUACAGAUAUUUUGUAUUGCUGUCAAAGCAUUUUAUUGUAACAUAGAUUAAGAUUGCAUUAGCACAAAAAAGAUUCCAUAUCUAAAAUGGUGAGACAUUUAAGAAUAUUUAAUUACAGUGAUACUGUAUGAAAGCAAGUUGCUAAUUACAGUCAUUAAAGAUUCCCAAUACCUUGGAGUAUUUAUUUUUAAAGACUUAAUCCUGCCAAAUAAAUCUGGAGAGGUGUUGCCAAUA